GCCCGGUUACGCACUUCCUCCCGGGGUCGGAGGCCGGAUCGCCGUGUGGCGGGUUCGAGUCCUGCCUCCUGACACUCCUCCUGCCCGAGUCCUGGGUGGGGUGCCUUCACCUGGCAUCCUCUCCUCCACGAGGGACGACGGCAUACCUUGGGUCUCACCAUGGAGGACUACCUGCAGGGUUGUCGAGCCGCUCUGCAGGAGUCCCGACCUCUCCAUGUUGUGCUGGGAAAUGAAGCCUGUGACUUGGACUCCAUGGUGUCCGCUCUCACCCUGGCUUUCUACCUGGCAAAGACAUCGGAAGCCGAGGAAAUCUUUGUACCAGUUUUAAACAUAAAACGUUCUGAGCUCCCUCUGCGAGGGGACAACGUCUUCUUCCUUCAGAAGGUCCACAUUCCAGAGACUCUGCUGAUUUUCCGGGAUGAGAUUGAUCUCCAUGCAUUGCACCAGGCUGGCCAACUCACUCUCAUCCUUGUCGACCAUCAUGUCCUACCCAAGAGUGACGCUGCCCUGGAGGAGGCAGUGGCCGAGGUGCUAGACCACCGACCCAUUGAGCACAAACACUGCCCUCCCUGUCAGGUGUCUGUGGAGCUGGUGGGGUCCUGCACCACCCUGGUGGCGGAGAGAAUCCUGCAGGGGGCGCCAGAGAUCUUGGACAGGACAAUUGCCGAGCUCCUGCAUGGAACCAUCCUCCUGGACUGUGUCAACAUGGACCGAAAGAUUGGGAAGGCCACCCCAAAGGACAGCCAGUAUGUGGAGAGGCUGGAGGCCCUCUUCCCAGAUCUGCCCCGGAGAGAUGACAUCUUUGAUUCCCUCCAAAAGGCCAAGUUUGAUGUAUCAGGACUGACCACUGAGCAGAUGCUGAGGAAGGACCUGAAGACCAUCUACAGACAAGGCACCAAGGUGGCCGUUAGUGCAAUAUAUAUGGAUUUGGAGGCCUUCCUGCAGAGGCCCAACCUCCUUGCCGACCUCCAGGCUUUCUGCUGCACUCACAGCUAUGAUGCCCUGGUCGCCAUGACUAUCUUUUUCAGCACUCACAAUGAGCCCGUGCGGCAGCUGGCUGUUUACUGUGCGUGCCCCGUGGCCCUGCGGAUGAUGCUCUGUGAUGUUCUGGAACGCUCCCAGUCUCCACCCCUGAAGCUGACCCCUCUCCCAAGCACCCACCCUGACCUGCAGGCCUAUCUUCAAGGCAACACACAGGUUUCUCGAAAGAAGCUCCUGCCUCUGCUCCAGGAAGCCCUGUCAGCAUACUCUGACUCCAUGCAGACCCCUCCGGGACAGCCGGAGACAGAAGGUGUGGCCCGGGAGCAGGCGGACAAGGAAUCGGACAGGGCCGGGAACUCCCUGAUUACUGGACUGAGUCAAGACGAGGAGGACCCCCCACUGCCCCCGACGCCCAUGAACAGCUUGGUGGAUGAGUGCCCUCUGGAUCAAGGACUACCCAAGCUCUCUGCUGAGGCCGUCUUUGAAAAGUGCAGUCAGAUCUCGCUGUCGCAGUCUGCCACCGCCUCCCUGUCAAAGAAGUGACUGCCAGGCAGGGAGGGAGACGCUGGGUGAGGUGGCUGGAGCCGCCCCCGAUGCAUGUUGUGAGAGGUUUGGUGGUUUCAGCAGUUCUGUCUCAUCGUUUGGGGGUCUGGUCCGGUGUUCUUGUAUAACGGGGAGGGGAAAGAAAGCAGCUGCUGGGAGAAUGACCUUCUGCCUAAUCCCUCCAAGCUCCCGCUUGGUCAGUUCUGUUAUUCACUGGUAUGUUUUAAGUCUGUACUGACUCUUGGAUUUCGUUAGCCAAGGGCAUGAUAUGGCAGUACCCACAGCCGCAGCAGGGUCGGAUAAAGAACGGAGACCCCUAAAGUGCCCUCUGUAGGGCUCUGUGGUGGAACCAAGUGCUCACCAACCAAGGUGAUUGUCUCCUUGCAUCCUUCUGUUCGCUUAUUUGGGGAAAUAUUUACGGAAUGCCUGCAUUUAGCAAGGUUGCAAAAAAUGCAUUGGAAACUCUUGGUUCUCAGCCGCACUCGGCUGAUAUCCAGCUCCGACUUAGAGUCACUGGGUGCUUGGUGCCAACAUGGCAGUUUCUUUCCUGAAAACACAGGGACUCUCAGGUCUUACCGUGCCUGUGAGCAGACUGGAGGCCUUUUUCUCCUGCCCUGAGCAGGGGUGACUAACUCUGUGCUUCUUUAAUCCCUGUGUCCCAGAGCUGCCACAAGGAGCCCUGCAGAGCCAACGGCAGCCUGCACACAAGACACUGUCCCCGCAGGGGGCAGAGCUGGGGCCAAGGCCCUGGGCCAAGCCCCUGCCCGAGCAGGUGUGUCCAUCUCAUGUCUCUCCUCUUCUUGUUCAGGUUCAGAGCGGGAAUGGGACUCUUAUAUAGCCUGCCACAAGCAGUGUGUUGUUAGGCGAGAUGCCUGCCCGAGGCCUCAUUUUCCCAGCUGGAGCACCGGGUGGGUCCCAGUGCUCCCCGCUGUUCUGUGAUGCACCUUGGCCACCAUCCUUUCCUCUCCUCUGUAUUUAUUUUUUUCUUUCUGUUUUCCCCGGGAGUGCAGAGUGUAGCUAGCUUGUCUGUCUUCUGUGUGAAUGUACCGAGGGACUUAGCCUCAUGUAGCAUGUUGUGAUCCCCUAGUGGCCGCACACAAAGCUCUGUCCUGCUGACUCCUUCUGCAUGUGUAGAAUCUCCUUUUUUUUUUUUUUUCUUCAAAACAAUUUGUAGUGUCCCCCUACCCGCGUCCCUACCCAGCAGCUGUAUUGCAUGUUAGCUGCCAGUGUGUUCUCCGGGCAGUGGGGGUAUGCGAUGGUUUUGGUGUGACAUCUUCUGAUACGAGGGGGGACAGUCUGACUUGAAGGGUUUGGUAUCUGUAGCCAUGUGGACAAGUAGUGGUAUGUGAUCACUGAACCAAAGGAAUUUGUUUUGUAACUUGGUACUUUAUUUUACAUUUUGUUAAAGUAUUAAAUACUUUUUCCUGCUCUGA